AUGGCGGACUGGUUCGUCGCGCGCUUCCUCGACGAGUGGGAGGAGCACACCCGCGGGACCGCGUCGAAGGUUCCGACGUACGACAAGGCGUGCCUCGAGGCCGAGCUCGACGCGUCGAUCACGAACCUGCGCUGCCGCGGCCCCGCGCACCCCGGGGACCGGAGCUGCGGCGUCGCGGACCGCCUCAUGAACCAGUUCCACAACGAGUUCGUCCGCCUCGAGAAGGUGGUCGCGCGCGAGCACAAGCACGAGCUCGUGACGGACUCGGACCGGAUGCGGCACUUCAUGCUGCGCGCGCGCGAGCUCGUCGCCGCGGAGUCGAACCUGUGCGAGCUCCCGCGUCUGGAGACGAUUCGAAACCCGUUCCUCACGCCGAGCCAGUGCCGCGCGUGCGUGAGGGACGACAACUUGGGCUUCCUGAAGCAGCGCGAGCAGGAGGUCAUCGAGAGCCGCCGGUUGCAACUGCUCGGCGCGCUCAGGCGCGUUCUAUACACUGGUCCCCAUACGACCGCGUCGGCGUGGUGA